UUCUGUUGUUAUUGCUGUUGCUGGUAAUGAUCGUAUUUUUGCUGUUUAUGAUCGUAUUGUUGCUGUUAAUCGUAUUGUUGCUGUUUAUGAUCGUAUUGUUGCUGUUAAUCGUAUUGUUGCUGUUGCUAGUGUUGUUUGUGUUGUUGUUGAAGAUGUGACUAUUUCUUUGUACCUUUCUGUUGUUAUUGCUGUUGCUGGUAAUGAUCGUAUUGUUGCCGUUGAUGAUCGUAUUGUUGCUGUUAAUCGUAUUGUUGCUGUUGCUAGCGAUGUUCGUGUUGUUGUUGCUAGUGAUGUUCGUGUUGUUGUUGAAGAU